AUGUUAAUCAAGAAUAACUCUUACAAUGCUGAUAAAACUAAUGUAGAAAAUAAAAAAAGUAAUAGUUUAGGAGCUAAAAAAGGUUUAAAAAAAUUCUCAUCUUUAAAUUAUUUUAAUUCCAACAAAUAUGUGUCUAACAUUUCAAAUGAAGUUCAAAUUAAAAACAAUAUUAUAUCCUACUUUCACCAUGAUACAUUGAAUAUGACAUUUUUUGCUAAAUUAUAUAAAUAUGUACCAAAAAUAUGUGGUUCUAUUGACUUGUUUUUCAAAAAAAAUAGUGAUGAAAAAGAUUUUGCAGAUUAUUUACGAACAGAUAUAAUUAGGUCUUUGAGAAUUUUUUGUAUUUGUUCCAUAAUAAUAUCGUUAACAAAUACUUUAAUAAAUGUGAUAUUUUUCUCAGAAAUUUUCUAUUUUAAAGAUAAAAGUAGUAAAAUACAAUUUUUAUCAAUUGCAAGACUUAUAUUUUUACCUUGUUGUAUUUUCUUCUUAUAUAUAAGCACUUAUAUUAAAAAGUUUUUAGAUUACUUAGAAAAUAUUAUAUCAUGUGUCUUCUCUUUUAUGAAUAUGAGUUAUUUUAUUACAAAUCCUUGUACUAAAUUCUUAAAUACAGAAAUUCUAGAUAAUUUGUGUGAAUUUUCUUAUAUGUUAGAAUUUUCACAUAUUCUAGAAUUAUUUUUAUUAUAUUUUGCUUUGGUAUUAUUUAUUCCUAUCCGCUCUAUUUAUUUAUGGCCAAUUUGUGCAACAGCACCAAUAGCAUUUAGCAUUUCUAUAUCAUUUCAUAAUAUUAAAGAAAAAUUUAUUUAUAGUUCGUUCACUCAGAGCUACUUUUCCACUACUUUAUCAGUAAUUGCACUAUUAGGGAAGAGAAUGUUAGAAAGAAAAACUCGUUUACAAUAUAUAAAUAUAAAAAAUAUAGAAGAGAAAAAUGAACUAUAUAGAAAAGUAGAAACUGAAAAUAAUUGUUCUAAUGCUUACGAUGAAGUAAAUUUUUUUUUAAAUGCUACAAUAAUUAAAAUUAACAAUGUAAUUAAGUUUUUAAUGUUAAAAUCUCAAGAUUUGUAUGAGAUUCUACUGCAAGCAAGAAUAGAUAUAGAAAAAUGUAUUAUUAAACUUAGCAAAAUAGAUAAUCUAUUAACAGUGGAUAAAAACGCCUUAAUAACUAAUAAAAAAGAAGAAGAUACAAAUAUAGUAGAACAUCUUUUUAAUAUAAUAUACACAAAAAAAAAUAAUAAAAAAACAUCUAUGAACACUUAUGAUUUGCAUAAAAAAGUACCAUUAAGUAUUGAAGAAAUAAGAUUAAAAUAUAAUAAUGGUUACAAAAUCCAAGUUGAAAGUUACGAGGACAUAGAGAAAUUUGAAGAUGCUAUAGAAAAUUUAAAGGAUGGUGAUAAAAUUAAUUUAAUAAAUGAUCUUUUUAAAAUUGAUUUACAUGAGAAAACUAAAAAGAAUUCUAGGAAGUUGAAUAAAAAGAAUUAUAAUAACUAUAUUAAAAAGAUAAAAAGAAUUAAUUGUUCAUUAAAUGAUACAUUUAAUGGUAUAGGAAAAGAUUGGAAUUUCAAUAUAUUUAAUCUUCAUAAUUCAUUAAAAAGCAAUACACUUAUAGGGGUUGGAUUAUAUUUUCUUAAUAAUUAUUUAGAAAUAUUGAAAUGCCCAAAUUAUUUCGUAUAUAAUUUUUUAUAUGACGUAAAAUCGUCUUAUUUUUCAUCAAAUAAAUAUCAUAAUUCUUUACAUGGUUCUGAUGUUUGCCAAAAUAUGAUAUGUAUACUAAAUAAUAUGAAUAUACAUAAAUUUCUAGACAUGUAUAAACAAAUAAGUAUUGUUAUUGCAACUUUAUGCCAUGAUGUUGGUCACCCUGGAUUAACAAACUCUUUUUUAAUAAAAAUAAAUCACAGUUUAUCCAUUCAUUAUAAUGAUGUGUCAAUAUUAGAAAGUUAUCAUUCUUCUUUAACUUUUUUUUAUUUAAAAAAAUCAUGCAAUAAUUUUUUAUUUAACUUAACAAAUGAUGAAUUUGGAUUAAUUAGACAAACAGUAAUUGAUUUAAUAUUAGCAACAGAUUUAGCCAAUCACUUUGAAUUUUUAUCUAUUAUAAAAAUAAGGAGCAAAUUAGAAGAUUUUUCUAUUUUAGGAAAUGAAAGUGAUAAUAUCAAUUUCCUUAAAUUAUGUAUUAAAGCUUCUGACAUAGCUCAUACAUGCAAACCUUUUAAUAUUCAUUUACUCUUUGUUCUUAAUCUAAUGUUAGAGUCAUAUGAGCAAGGAGAAAAAGAAAAAAUAUUUAAUAUACCUUUAAUGCCAUUUUACGAUUUCAAUCAGAUUGACAAAUUUCCUGAUUCUCAAGUUGGAUUUAUUAAGUUUAUUUGUCAAGACACAUUUCUAGAGUUGUUACAUAUUGAAAAUGUAAUUAAAACUGAAAGUAAAAAAAAAGAAAUAAAUGAAAAUAAUGAUGUGAAAAGUUAUUUUGAGUAUAUCAACAAAGAAGAUAAAGAUAUAAUAAAAAAAGAAAAUACAAUUAUUGAAGUAUUUGUUCAUAGUUCUAAUAGUAAAAUAUUUAAUGAAAACAAAAAUUAUUCGCAGAAUACAUGCAGCAACAGUAUUAAAAGUAAUUCGUUUAUACAAAAAUAUUGUUUAAAUAAUUUAAAAUAUAAUUCUAACAAAUGGGAGAAUGAUAAAAAUUUAAUCAAUAUUAUUAAGUUUUAUGCAACUGGAAAAAUUAAAGAUGAAGAUGUAUUAAAGAUAACUUAA